ACGCCAAAUCAGAGGCCCGCCGCCAGCAACGAUGUCCCCAGUGCAUGCAAACGGGCCGGGAGAAGCCAUGCGAUUCAUGCAGCAUCUCGGCGGUCAAUCUUAGGCCGACUGAUAGCAGUAGACUCCAACUAGUGCACUGAGUCCUGGGUUCCUGAUUUCUCUCCUGCUGAGACGGACCUCCAGGACUAGGACAAGAUGAAACCGGAUGGUGUUGACACAGCAACAAUGGAGCCAAUGGAAGCAUUAAAUGCAGGUCCUGCGAUCGAGGUGGCGCCAGUGGGUGAAGCUCAGGACCAGGCUUUGCCCACAAUGCAAACAGAAGGUGAACCACAGCCAACAGAGGCACUUUCUGCAACCAAUAAGACUGGAAAGGACAAGCCUGCAGACCCCCAAGCUAAGACGAAGGCUCCUGCCAAAGCAAAGGCACCCACCGCUGGUAUCAAGGCAUCCACGACCAGCUCCCGUCCCACCACUGCUCAAAGCCGUCUAACAAACGGGGCACAGAAGUCGCAAGCUAAUGGUGUCACCAAAAAGACCACAACAGGAGGCCCGGAGAAGAAAACCUCUACCACUUCUGCUUCUAAAAAACCAGUUGGCUCCACUACUGCACCCACAACCAAGACCCCUACCAAGGUGGCUGAGAAGAAGCCAAUGGGGAUGGCGAGACCUGCCAGUACUCCAGCCAAUGGCGUGAAGACAACAGGGACAGCGCAGCCCAUCAAGAAAGCCCCUGCUGCAUCAGCUAAUGGCCUGAAGUCUAAACCAAAAACUACAGCUCCAGCUUCAAGGCCCGCCACUGCAUCCACCACCAAGACCGGCACCACUGGCUCUCCCAAACCUGAUAGGCCACCCGUCGCCAAGACAACCAGGUCAGUUGGCUCUGCUCCUGCAGCUCGUUCUUCACCUGCUGCCCCUAAGCCUGCGACCCCAACAACUGCCGGCAAGACAUCUACAUCCAGACCAACUACUGCUACACCCAAGACACCAUCUACUACUGCUAAACCUUCUCCUGCUAAAACCACAGCACCCCCUGCUGGUCGCACUCCCACUCAGACUCCUAAGACCACAACACCUGUCAAGAAAGAUGUCAGUAAGCAGCCAUCCACUCCAGCAACCAAGAAGCCCACAUCUUCUCCACUCACCCGGCCAGCACCAGCCAAGACCACCAAACCUGACACACCUAAGUCAGCCUCCACUGCCAAGGCAGAAUCAGCUUCCAAAAAGCCUACCACCUCCACCAAGGCGGCAGAUGUUAAGACUAGUAAGCCCAAGGAGAGCAAAGGAACACCUUCCAAGGAGGUCAGUGCAAGCUCCAAGACCACAGGCAGCAAGCCCAGUGCUAAAACAAGCAGCCCAAAGAAGUCAGUUGGCAGUAGCACUCCAAUGCCAUUGAAGGGUGGCCCUAAAGCCUCCCAGCCUGCAGACAUAGCAGCCACAGAGGUUGAGAAGAAGGAUGUGGUUUCUGCUGUGGUUGCAGCCACGGCUGUAGCUUCUGUUGCAGCUGCUGCUGUUGUUUCUGUGGUGACCUCUAAGGAAGCCCCCGAAGAAUCAGCUACAGGUUUUGUUCCUGCUGCCACUGAAGAGACACCUGAGGACUUGUUUACCCUAGUCAAUCCUGCUGCCUCUGAGGUGAAAUUAGAAGACUCAUUUACAACUCUCAUUCCUGCUUCCUUUGAGAACUCUAAAGAUGAUUUUAAAGAAAUGGCUACAUCUGUACUUGCCCCUACGGAAGUACCUGAAGACAAAGUUACACCUGUCAUUUGUCCUGUCUCUGAGGAAACACCUGAAGACAUAACUACAUCUGUCAUUCCCCCCACCUCUGAUCAGGCACGAGAAGAAACUGUUUCACCUGUCAUUCCCCCUACCUCUUAUGAGGCACCUGAAGAAACAGUUUCACCUGCCCUUCCUCCUACUUCUGAAGAAACACCUGAAGAUAGAACUACAUCUGUCAUUACCCCUACCUCUGAUGAGGCAAGAGAACAAACUGUAUCAUCUGUCAUUCCCGCUACCUCUUAUGAGGCACGAGAAGAAACUGUUUCACCUGUCAUUCCCCCUACCUCUUAUGAGGCACCUGAAGAAACUGUUUCACCUGUCAUUCCUCCUGCUUCUGAAGAAACACCUGAAGAUAGAACUACAUCUUUCAUUACCCUUACCUCUAAUGAGGCACGAGAAGAAACUGUAUCAUCUGUCAUUCCCGCUACCUCUUAUGAGGCACCUGAAGAAACAGUUUCACCUGUCAUUCCUCCUACUUCUGAAGAAACACCUGAAGAUAUAACUACAUCUUUCAUUCCCCCUACCUCUUAUGAGGCACCGAAAGAAACCGUUUCACCUGUCAUUACCCCUACCUCUUAUGAGGCACCUGAAGAAACUGUUUCACCUGUCAUUCCUCCUUCCUCCGAAGAAACACCUGAAGACAGAACUACAUCUGUCAUUGCCCCUACCUCUUAUGAGACACCUGUUGAAACUGUUUCACCUGUGAUUCCUCAUGCCUUUGAUAAGGAACCUGAAGACACAGUUACACCUGUUAUUUCUCCUACCUCUGAUGAGGUAGAGCUUGUCUAUCCCCAGGAUGUCCCCCUGAGCAUGGACACUUAUAAAGACACUUAUGUCAUGUCUGAACUGGCUGCUGAAAUGGAUCUGGUCAGCCUGGAGGAACCAGUGCCUGCUGUGUCUCCCCUGGGCACCACAAUACUGUCACCACCAUCCUCUCCCACCGGCCCAACAUUCAUGCCAGUCGAGCUCCCAAGCUCAGCUCCCCUACUGGGCUUGCAGGGUCCAGCUGAACCGUGGGCACAGAGCUCUUCACUGUACACCAGCACUGCGACCAUAGAGAACCAGGAGCAGGAAAGUCAGCAGGAUGAAGAAAGUGACGAUGAUGAUGAAAAAGAGCAGAACGAUAUACAGAUGCCCUCUGCAGCAAAGAAUGUGAUGGGAGACUUUGGUCUGCUGGGCUCCACUGGUGUGGAUCACAUCAAAAGUGAGGCUCCUGUCUGCCCCUGGCAAGAAAGAGAAGAGGCAGUGGAGAAAGCUGAAGAAGAGAUUAAUGAAGAUAAUGAGGAAGAGGAGAAAGAGAAAGAGGAGGAGGAAGAUAAAGAGGGGGAGGAAGAUGAGGAGGAGGAGGAAGAGGUGAGAGAGAUUGGCAUAAAGGAAUCAGUGCCCCAGACAGAGAAAAAAGAUGACUUUAAAAAGGGGGUGGCAGAUUUUGCCAGCUGUGAUUGGGGUAUGAUGCAGUCAGAUGACAUGUACAGCAGUAACAAACAUGACUCAGAAGUGACAUAUCCCUUCAAUGCUGAAGACAGCUGCAGUGCUAAAGAGACAGGUGACUUCAUCAUGAGCGAGACAGACAGGGAACAGGCAUUCACAGGGCCUCCUGGAAUUCAGUCUUUCGGUAGUGAAGAUGAAGAAGAUGAUGAGGAAGAUGAGCAUAAUAUGAAGGAAGACAUGGAUCUGGGCUUAGAGCAUGAUGAUGAGUAUUACAAGAAACAGAAAGAGUUAGAGAAGGAGGACAAAGAUGUGGAAAUGGUCCACAGGCACAUAGCUGAAAGUGGACUUGGAGUUUGUGGAAAUGAUAGUAAUGAAGAUGAUGAUGAUGAUUACAUAGAAGAGCGUCAUCUAGAUCUCAAGAGCAUGGGUCACACUGCUGCAGCACCAUCUAUGCCUUUGACAGCAGCAUGGAGUCAUUCAAAUCCAUUCUCUGAUCCCUUGGCCCAGCCUGCCUCCAUCCUGUCUGAAUCAAGCCUGUCAUAUUCAAGAUUUCAAGAGCCAGAAACACUUAGCAAAUUCCAAGUCGACCCAGACACAACCACCAAAUUCUCAGCUGAUCCAGAUACACCACCCAAAUCCCCAGUUGAGGCUUUUCUGGACAGGAGUUCACCCCUAAUUCAAGCAUCAGAACCUCAAUCUCAUAUACAAGAGGAUACUGGGAGCUCUGUCCCAGCAGAGUCGGGUAUCUUGGCUGCUCCUGCCAUUGGAAUGUCCCAGUCCAGCACUCUCAGUGGGACAGCCUUGGCUGUUCACAGUAGCAGUGAGACCAGCACACCUGAAGAGCUUCGGGAUUAUGACAGCAGCUCAGGUGUAGAGUCCCGAUCAGACAAGCAGCAAACACCAGUCCCUGCCAUGCAUACAGACAUGGAGCAGGACCUUGGUAUUCACCUUGAGCGUUGUGAUGGGGAAGAGGAAGAGGCAGAGGCAGAAACUCUGCCAGCCGAUGAGGUACUGGGUGAUGCGGCAACAGCACCAGCCUCCGUUCCAUCAUCACCAUCAACCUCCGGUGAUGAGGCCAGUGAUACAGAGGGUGAGAUGCAGAUCAAUGACCCUGAUGUCACGGUUGAUGACAACACCACAGUCCCCCACAACCUUGCAGCCCUGGAAGAGGAUGAGGAGGCCCCUGAACAGAUUGGAGAGGAAGAUGGGGAUACACCUCAGUCAGCCAACUCUGUGGCCUCCUAUGGUUUUGACUGCUCCGCGUCCAUCUCCAAUGCCCACUCCAUGGCUGAGAGCUGUGGAAAGAGCCCAGGUAUCUUUAGCUUGGAAAAUGAAGAGCAGCUUCCAGAAGAGGCCAAGGAUCCCUCUUUCAUCAAGGAGCUCACCCUACCAGCAGCUACCGCCUACAGUGAUGACUUGUUGGGCUGCCCAGUGGACUUGCUGCCUAUAAGUGAGCCCACAGAGAGAGAUGCUGGGUUUGACGAGCACUACAUGCUGUGUAGUAAGACAGACCCAGGCUCUAUGGAGGAAAUGGAUCCCGAGUCCCCCAUGCACCUCUCACCCCAACAUGGGGACGAUACAGAUGGCCAGCCACCUUACUACUCUGCUAUAUGUGAUAAGACUGAUAACUUUCUGGCAGGGAAACCCUGGAACAACAUACAGACUGGUGAAGUUUCACUUAACCAACAGGAGAAUAAUAACCAUCCAAGACUAAUCCAAGAAAUGAAUGACAAUAACUACCUUGCUCCUCUGCCGGACCAACAGAGGCAGCUACAGAAGCCACAGCCUCGCAUCGAUGUCCAGCAUGUUGAUGCUCCUCCGAGGUUCCCACUGACUGCAUUGGUGCCGAACAUGCAGCUGCGACGGUUAGAGCAGCACCAGUUGCAGUUGAGACACAUUCGACGGCGCCAGGAGCAGGAACGGCUGCAACGCCUGUGUCUUGAGGAGGAAAGGCAGAGGCAGGAUCAGCAAAGGGCACUGGAAAGGCAACGCCGAGAGCUGCUUCAGUUGCAGCUGCAGCAGCAGCAGCAGGAACACCGGCUACGCCGACAGCUCCUGCAGCGCCAGCUUGAGAUGGAGCAGCAACAGAGAGUCAAACAGCAGUCGCAGGUGAAAGGGCAACCGCCGUGUUUCCUGUCGCCCUCAUCUGGACUCUGCACCAUCUACGAGGCCAUGGAGACCAGCGAGGAGGAAGAGGAUGCGGAGAACAGAUCUGGUGGAAACCAAGGGUCCCCCAACCAGACUGGCCAUUCAAUCCCGACGGACCUACCGCUGAGAGUGGCCAACGGAAACCUUCGCCGACCGCCACCACAAGAGCUGGACUGGAACACAAAACUGGACAUGGUCCAGCAGCUGAUUAACCAGACUCUGCUUCUGGCCGGGGAGGGCGGCUGUCCUCCACUCCUGUACCUGCCUGGGCAGGGAGGGGGAAUCCUCAGCCCUCUGGAGAGCAGCCUGUGGCCACACAUCAUGUCCCACUUUGACUGCUCCACCGCGACAGUGGCUUCAGUCAGUAGUUACUCCCCCAGCAGCCAAGCCAGUUCCCCGCAAGGCGACUGGACUGUGGUGGAACUGGAGACGCAUCAUUAA